UGUGUGUGUGGUAGUGAAGUGUACUUCAGCAUCAUGUUCACUGUGUUUGGUCUUCAUCUUCUGAGGCGCAGCUCAUUUAUUAGAGCAGACCCACACAGAAGAGGUGUGUGUGUGUGUGUGUGUGUGUGUGUGUGUGUGUGUGUGUAGGGUUGUGUUCUCUCAGUGAAGGAAACCUGUCUGUUAUUGAGACGAGAUCUUGUUUUGUUGAUGAAUCAUUGGAUGGAGACGCAGCCGGCCCUAAUGAGCAGCAGUAGUGUGUUGAGUGUGGGCAGGUGAGAGUGUGUGUGCUGCUGUUGUGUCUCCAUGUCUGGAUUAUCCCCCUCUCUGACCCCAAUCUGGCCACUCACUCCUGUAAAUUGCGCUGUAAUCUGCUUAAUCUGGACUCAUGGGGUUCACAUAAGAGCGCAGCGCCGGCUCUGCGGGCUUCAUCUGCGGAGGUGUGCCGAUCUACACUGCUCCAUCAUGAACGGGACGGAGGGACCAAACUUCUACGUGCCGAUGUCCAACCGUACAGGUCUGGUGCGCAGCCCGUUCGAGGAGCCGCAGUAUUACCUGGCCGAGCCGUGGCAGUUCUCCCUGCUGGCGGCCUACAUGCUGUUCCUGAUCCUGGGCUCUUUCCCAAUCAACGCGCUCACGCUCUACGUCACGGUGCAGCACAAGAAGCUGCGCACGCCGCUCAACUACAUCCUGCUGAACCUGGCGGUGGCCGACCUGUUCAUGGUGCUCGGAGGCUUCACCGUCACGCUCUACACCGCCCUGCACGGCUACUUCCUGCUGGGGGUCACCGGCUGCAACAUCGAGGGCUUCUUCGCCACACUCGGCGGUGAGAUCGCGCUCUGGUCUCUGGUGGUUUUGGCCAUCGAGCGCUAUAUAGUGGUCUGUAAACCCAUGAGCACGUUCCGCUUCGGGGAGAAACACGCCAUCAUCGGAGUGGGCUUCACCUGGGUCAUGGCCCUCACCUGCGCCGUGCCCCCGCUGCUCGGCUGGUCCAGGUAUAUCCCCGAAGGAAUGCAGUGUUCGUGUGGAAUUGAUUACUACACUCCUAAACCUGAAGUGCACAACACCUCAUUCGUCAUCUACAUGUUCAUCCUGCACUUCUCCAUCCCUCUGCUCAUCAUCUUCUUCUGCUACAGCCGCCUGCUCUGCACUGUCCGCGCUGCCGCCGCUCAACAGCAGGAGUCAGAGACCACGCAGAGGGCGGAGCGGGAAGUGACGCGGAUGGUGGUUGUCAUGGUGAUUGCAUUCUUAGUGUGCUGGGUGCCGUAUGCUAGUGUGGCCUGGUACAUCUUUGCUAAUCAGGGCACAGAAUUCGGUCCGGUGUUCAUGACUGUUCCUGCCUUCUUUGCUAAGAGUGCAGCGCUCUAUAACCCCGUCAUCUACAUCAUGCUCAACAGACAGUUCCGGAACUGCAUGCUGUCAACGGUGUGCUGCGGGAAGAACCCGCUGGCCGAGGAUGAGAGCAGCUCCGCCGUGUCCAGCAAGACCCAGUCCUCCGUGGUGUCCUCUGCUCAGGUGUCUCCAGCCUGAAGACCCCGCCCUUCUGCUAACAUCAGCCAAUCAGAGCGCUCUACUGCUGCUGUGCGUUCUCAACUCUCUGUCAUUGUAUUUUAUAUGUAAAACAGAUCAAGUGUCCCAAAUCACACACGUCCCUACUGUACAGUGUUGGAUAAACAGUGUGCCUGAGUUCAUAGCAUUGUUAAAACAGUGUGUGAGAAGUUCCUGGACGAUCUACUACUUCCAGCGAGAUUCUGUAGUGUGCAUCCAAAGCACACUCCGCUAUCCCAUAAUGCACUGUGAGAGAAUUCAUGAAUAAAAGAGAUGCAGGUCAUGUGAUCAUCUGAGUAACAUUCACACUAUAUAGAGCACACUUUUCUAGCAGUCGUGUAGUAAACAUAGACCAUACUCCAGCAGGAGGUGGCACGUCUUUACAGAAGGUCAUGUUGCUACAGGUAGCAGAUCAACAUCAGUCCCUCAAACACAGUAACUGAAGCUUCUCUUUGACAUGUUGGCUGUUGUUUACAUUAUUACCUGUGCUUGUAGUUCCAAUCAAACUCACCUCCAGUGUGCAAUGCUUUAUGGGUAAUUUCAGCAGUCGAGUACAGACACGUCUACACUUCACAUUCCUGCUGGAAACAGUAGAGCAUCCAGAACCGUCAGCGUACUCUUUUCAGCACACUACAGUUUGGGACACACUCAUUCUGUUUUCAGGAGGGCGAGUGUGUGAAUUGGGACGCAGCCGAUGUUGAUCUCAGCAGCUGUUUGAUUGGCUCUGCUGUGGUGUAUUGGUUCUGUCCGGCUGGUAGAUCAGUGUAAAUAUGAGUGUGUCCAGUCCCCCUGUACUGGAGAAUCAGCAGGAUCGAGGACGCUUAGAUGUACAUGCUGUCUGGAACUCUGUUCGUGUGUGUGUGUGUGUGUGUGUGUGCGUGUGUGCGUGUGUGUGUGUGUGUGAUGACCUGAGUUAUAUAAUCGAGAUGUGAAACACACACACACACACACACGUUCCCUUCUGAUUAAACACCUCAGCACU